UAAAGCUUGACAGACUGUCUUCCGUCCAGCCAUAAACAUGUCUGGUCGCGGCAAGGGAGGUAAAGGCCUCGGCAAAGGCGGCGCUAAGCGCCAUCGCAAGGUCCUAAGAGACAACAUCCAAGGCAUUACCAAGCCUGCUAUCCGGCGCCUGGCGCGGCGUGGCGGUGUCAAACGCAUCUCCGGGCUUAUCUACGAGGAGACCCGCGGGGUGCUCAAGGUCUUCCUGGAGAACGUGAUCCGCGACGCCGUCACCUACACCGAGCACGCCAAGCGCAAGACAGUCACUGCCAUGGACGUGGUCUACGCGCUCAAACGCCAGGGGCGCACCCUCUCUUAGUCUCUCCAGUGCAGCAGUCACGACUCCUUACUCAUGGCCCGAACCAAGCAGACAGCCCGCAAGUCCACCGGCGGCAAGGCGCCCCGCAAGCAGCUGGCCACCAAAGCCGCCCGCAAGAGCGCCCCGGCCACCGGCGGCGUGAAGAAGCCCCACCGCUACCGGCCCGGCACCGUGGCGCUGCGCGAGAUCAGGCGCUACCAGAAGUCCACCGAACUGCUGAUCCGCAAGCUGCCUUUCCAGCGGCUGGUGCGCGAGAUCGCGCAGGACUUCAAGACCGACCUGCGCUUCCAGAGCUCUGCGGUCAUGGCGCUGCAGGAGGCGUGCGAGGCCUACCUGGUGGGGCUGUUUGAGGACACCAACCUGUGCGCCAUCCAUGCCAAACGUGUCACCAUCAUGCCCAAGGACAUCCAGCUGGCCCGCCGCAUCCGCGGGGAGAGGGCAUAUCUUCUUGGGCAGCAGCACGGCCUGGAUAUUAGGCAGGACGCCGCCCUGCGCGAUGGUGACUUUGCCCAGCAGCUUGUUGAGCUCCUCGUCGUUGCGGAUGGCCAGCUGCAGGUGGCGCGGGAUGAUGCGCGUCUUCUUGUUGUCGCGGGCCGCGUUGCCCGCCAGCUCCAGGAUCUCGGCAGUCAGGUACUCCAGCACCGCCGCCAGGUACACCGGUGCGCCGGCCCCGACCCGCUCGGAAUAGUUCCCUUUACGGAGCAAGCGGUGCACUCGGCCCACGGGGAACUGGAGUCCGGCGCGGGAAGAACGAGUCUUGGCCUUGGCGCGAGCCUUACCGCCCUGCUUUCCCCGUCCAGACAUGAUGCGGCAGUAGUCACUAGCCUGAGCAAACUCUAUAUAAAAUUUUCUCGAGCUCUGCUGCAGUACCUAUUACGUUGUAGCUUAGUCAUCUCUAAUGACAUCCAGAUAAGUAAACGGAGAAAAGUAAAUUGUUUCCUUCUAACAAGUAUAAAUCACUUACCGACAGUUAAGAAAGUGCCAGUUCUCUUUGGAAGAGAGAGUGGCUCUGAGAAGAGCCUUUGGGGUGUGGAUGGGGCCGGGUCGAUCGCUCCGCACAGGAACUCACUUGGAGCUGGUGUACUUGGUGACGGCCUUGGUGCCCUCGGACACCGCGUGCUUAGCCAGCUCCCCAGGCAGCAGCAGGCGCACGGCCGUCUGGAUCUCCCUGGACGUGAUGGUCGAGCGCUUGUUGUAAUGGGCCAGGCGAGAGGCCUCACCAGCGAUGCGCUCGAAGAUGUCGUUGACAAAGGAGUUCAUGAUGCCCAUGGCCUUGGAGGAGAUGCCAGUGUCGGGGUGGACCUGCUUCAGCACCUUGUACACGUAGACCGAGUAGCUUUCCUUGCGGCUGCGCUUGCGCUUCUUGCCGUCCUUCUUCUGCGCCUUGGUCACCGCCUUCUUGGAGCCUUUCUUCGGGGCCGGAGCGGACUUAGCCGGUACCGCUUGGUCUGUCUAGUCAUGUCUGGUCGCGGAAAGGGUGGGAAAGGCCUUGGUAAAGGCGGAGCCAAACGCCACCGUAAGGUGCUCCGUGACAACAUCCAGGGAAUCACCAAGCCCGCCAUUCGGCGUCUGGCUCGGCGUGGUGGUGUCAAGCGCAUCUCUGGCCUCAUCUACGAGGAGACCCGCGGGGUGCUCAAAGUUUUCCUGGAGAACGUUAUCCGUGACGCCGUCACCUACACCGAGCACGCUAAACGCAAGACGGUCACAGCUAUGGAUGUGGUCUACGCGCUCAAGCGCCAGGGGCGCACCCUCUACGGCUUUGGCGGCUGAAUGCGCUUUUUUCCUUAACAAAAAGGCCCUUUUCAGGGCCCCCAUCAUCUCACCUAAGGAGCGGUGAUGCUGAUUGCUAGGACCUUUUACUGCCCCUUUUGGCAUGGUUCCGACUCAUAGGGACCCUAAGGGGCAGUAAAACUUCCCGGUAGUUAUUUCUAAGGAGCCGCUGGCGGAUUUGAAGAGCAGACCUCUUGGUUAGCAGCCUACCUCUUAAACACUACGCCACCAAGGCUCCAGGGUACCCACGGGAGAAAGACCUGGCGAUAUGCCAAGUAUAUUAGCACACUAGUAAGCUAAUAGAAUAUUUAGAGGCAGGUUGCCAGGUCUUUAUCCCUCGGAGCAGCUGAUGGGUUUGAACCAC